UCGGUAUUUCAGCGUAUCGCGAUAAUAUUUUUUCUUUCCAUCAAAAAUUCACUUAAUCAACGCGAAGAACGUUCACAUUCUCGAUCGCAAGUGCUUCAUUACCGUCUACCAGUGCUUUCGUCCUCUGUGGAAAUCUGUUCUUGUUCUGCUUCGUUUCUAGAUGCACUGAGGCUCCGCAGGCCGCACCGUAUCGUAUGCUUUGCUGAAUUUGUCCGUCGCUGCCGUCAUGACGCACACAUCCGGAGCGUUCGUCAGUGCGGAACGUCGAGGCGCGAUAUGUCAGAUGGGCCAUCGGUGGAAGAACGCUUUGGCGAACAAUGAGUUGAGUGAUGUGGAAUUCGCCGUUGGACGUCAGUAUGGCCAGGUGAAGACCUUCCGAGCGCAUAGGUUGACGCUGAGCAUCAGCAGCGACGUGUUCCAUACAAUGUUCAACGGUAGCCUGGCUGAGCGCGCUGGCAAAGCCAUCGAAAUCCCGGACAUACUUCCAGACGCUUUCUCCAACUUGCUAAGCUAUAUCUAUACCGGUUCGGUGGAAAAUAUGAAGGAAGAGAAUGCGCUACCAACGCUGUACUGCGCCGAUAAGUACGACUUGCCAUGGCUGGCGGAGCUCUGCACGGAUUUCGUUGUUGACGAGCUGGAUGCCGAUAACUGUCUGCUGUAUCUGGAACAUGCGCUACGCUGGACACCGGACUGCGAUCCGGUGGUGGAGAAAUGUUGGGACGAGGUGGACGCAUCCAGCCACGAUGUUCUCCAGUCGCAGCACUUUUUAACGCUGGAGCGAACCACGCUGGAGUUGAUUCUGCAGCGCAGUACGCUGUCUGCGGAGGAAAAUGCCAUUUACGUGGCUGUUGAGCAAUGGGCGACGGCUGCCUGCGCUCGGAAAAAUUUGACACCUUCCCCCGCCAAUCGCCGCCGGAUGCUGGGUAGUGCAUUGUACCGCGUGCGCUUCCCGCUGAUGAAUGACGAACAGCUGGCCAAGGGACCCGUGCAGAGCGCUUUGCUGAACGAUAGCGAAGUGCGCAGUCUGUACCUUGCAAGCAUGCCAAUAAAGACGCGCUGGAAUUCUCCAAGGAGCCGCGACAAUCCGUGAUGUGCAGCAUCGGGUCGCGUUAUUCAUACAAAAUAAACGAGAAUAUCUUCAUGCGAUAUACGAACGGAUAUUGGUAUCCUGUCAUUGUAUUUGGGCGGAAUAGGGUGGAUGAGCUUUGGCAUUGCAAUAUCGCCGAAUACCAGAACAGUGGCGGCUACUCCCGGCCCAAGCGUACCGUGCGGGCCGCGGACAUUCUGAAGCGGGGUCGGCCAGUGGAAGCGUACAUUGACGGAGAAUAUAAGGAGGCGACGUACGGUGCGCAGCGGGCCGGUCAACAUACGGUUAACGUGGCCGGUCGAGAGUGCUGUGUGCAGCUGGCGCAGCUGAAGAUUGCCAGCAAACAUGUGGACGAAUGGGAAGCGGCCAGAAAGUAGUGGUGCAAUUGGACUGAUAGCUGGCACUUUGGAACUGGCGAGCAAUAGCGGGAUGUCGGCGGGUGAUUUUCUUUGGACCUUAUCGAAUUGUGAUAUAAGUUUGUACGAUUCGGUUGUAUCGUAUUAUAAAUCGAUAUGCCAAAAAAUUGUACUUUUCGAUAUGCCACCGAAUUUGAUAAAAUUUCGUUAGAAAUCGUUUGGCGAUGAUAAAAUAGUACAAAUCUGUACACUAUCCGUUCGAGGUUUCACGAGACUUGUGAGAAAUAUGUGUUGUUUAAACAUGAUUAGUUAGGACUUCAGUUUUUGUGCU